AACGCCAGUUGGUAAAAACUCGCCGUGAGCGCGUGCAGCUGCAGUUGAGUGACAGUAACGAUCCGACUCGUGUUCAUCCAACAAGGAAGGAGGUUUAUAAAAGGAGGAUUCCUUUAUGAAGACUGAAGCUCAGCUGAAGACAGCAGGGAUGGCUCUGGAGCACCUCAGUGAAGUGGUCCAGAGAUGUCAAGCGCUCCCAGAUGACAGCUACACCUCAGAGGACCAUGACGUUUUCACCAUCUCUGGGCGGAGCUGUAUCGAGGAGGGAAACACGGCGCAGGUCCUCAGUAUUGUUCUCGAUGAGAAGAAUCAGGACAUAGUGAGAUGUAUGGGCUGGAAUCUGCUGCCGCCUCUGAUUCAGGUCAUGCUGAAGAAAGAAGACAAACACCUUCCUCAGUGUGUGGCCAUCUUCAACCACCUGCUGGAGACCUGUCGACCCAAAGAGCUGCUGAUUGGGUUGCUGGAGCAGCUGGAGCAGGACGAUCCUGAUGCUGUAGCAGAGAGUCUUCACCUGCUGCUGAAGCCUCUACAGAAAGUGCUGCUGUGCCUGGGCAGCAGGAAGCCGUCGUCCCUCGGUAUGACCCUGUCCUCCGUGCUGGACCAGGUGGCCAAACUGCCCCUGCCUCACACCAAGGAGCAGGAGGAGGACGACGUCUUCUCGCUGUGCCGCUGCUGCGGCGACCUGACCGACUUCGUCGGGCCCUUCGUCGACGAGGCCAGACGAAACCUCCUCGCCAGGAAGACGGGUGCGGCGGGCGGCGGCGCAGAGGACGAGCUGCAGACGGAACUUCUGAAGUUCUGUAUGAAGACUCUGAGCUAUCCUCUGCUGAGGGUUCAUCUGAAGGAUCCCGACACCCUUCCUGAUUCUCCUCUUCGGACCUUCGCCACAGAGAUUUUGAACACCCUAGGUGCCAUCGGUGAGUCGCUCCCUGCUCUCGUCAGCCAGCCUCUAAUGAACCGAAAGCAGGUUCCAGGCUUCCUGGAGGAGGAGGUGCGUUAUCCCAAAGAGUCCCUGGCCAGCCUGGCUCACCUGGUGUUUGUGCAUCACCUGGCAGCAGAUUCAUUCCCCAAUGUCUUCAGCCCAGUUUUCUGCCUUCGGUUCAACAUGGAGCACGUCUCCGUCCUGCUGUCCAGUGCUGAGGAGGACAAAAUCCAGAAAGGACUGGAGCUGUACGAGAAGAGCCUGGUGCGGCAGGAGGACGGCAGCCUGCCUGCAGACCUGAUGGAGAUCAGAACUUUCCUCGCCGUCCCUCAGAACUUGGUGAAAGUCAUGACACUAUGUCCGAGACAUGAUUUGAGAACUAAAGGACUGAAGGUGUUAAAGCUGAGCAUCGAUAAGUUCGACACUGAAGCCAAAUACAGAUUUUUCCAGUACAUGCUGAAGACCAGCAAUCACUCUGGGGUCGAAGGUUACAUCAUUCAAAAUAUAAAGACUCAAAUAAACGUUUCCCUGCAGCCAGGAAAGAGCAACAUCUGGUUUGAAGGCGUACAGCUGCUGCCGCUGCUGCGGAAAGUGUUCAGUCUUCCAGACGGUCCGGAGACGGAUCUCCUGCAGUAUCUGGACAGAAUGAUGGAGUCUCUGAACCUGCUGCGGUUCCUCCUCAUCAGAGACAAAGUGACAGAGAACCAGACGGGGAUCUGGACGGAGCUGUACAAAAUCGAAGACACGUUCCUGAAGCCGCUGCGUGUCGGACUGAACAUGUCCAGAGCUCAUUACGAGAAGGAGCUGCACAACACGAGGGAGACCAAGCCCGAGGCCAAAGGAAAGUCGGCAGUCUCCGUGUCCGUCGGGGACGAGACGCUCCCAAAGAUGACGACCGAGUCCCAGAUUCAGGCUCUGCACUCGGCGCUGCACACGUUCGACAUGAUGGAGAGCGUGCUGGUGCGGAUCGAGGAGCUGAUGGAGGCGAAGGAUCAUGUCUGAUGGUCCGGAUCGUCUCGAAGCCUAAAGGACAAGCGGACACGAGGCCUGCGACCGUACAUCUGAUCUGAUCGCCGCUGUUAAGUGUUGUUAAAAUUCUGACAUUUGUAACAAAUGUACAAACUUUUUUACGCCUUGAUUCAAUAAAAUGUUG